CACAAUAAGGAAAUGUUUAUAGUUAAUAUAAGGAAGUUAGAAUUCUUGUAGCUACAUUCAAUGCAAAGUUUAUGAGCGGUUAACAACAUGGCGGAUAUUUCAUAUAUUUUAACGCUGGCUUUUAUACUCCCUUAUGUGGGCGCUGAAUAUUGUAACAAGUACGGGUGGAAUUCGUCUCAAUACUGCGUCUAUGGUUGCUGCACUGACUAUGGACACUCAGGCUACGAGAAGUGUUGUGACAGCUAUUAUUACAGGAAAACUGCACUUACCGUCGGACCCAUCGUCGGCAUUGUGGUUGGCUGUGUGAUUCUGGUCGGCAUCGUUAUCAGUAUCAUCGUCUGCUGUGUCUGCUGUAUGCGGAGCGGACGUAGGACGCAAGGACAAACCAUCACUACGGCGGCUAGCGGUCCUUACGUCAUGAACCAGAUGACAUACGGAGCUCAAAUGGGACAGGCACCUUACGGUCAGCAGCCAUACUCAGCUCAGCCGCCCCUUCAAACCGGACACAUGGCUCCAGGAACUGCCUUUGACAACCCGGGGAUGCAGGGCCCACCGUCAUAUGACAAAUGCAUCGACAAUUAGACUGUUAUUAAUGUUAAGGCAUUCUUAAUUAUUUUCCGGUUGACAAUGUGCAUGAUCGUUACGAGCGUAAAUCUAUUGACAAUAACAACGGACGACAAUGGAUUACGUACACAUUAAACGGACCCAUUCGCACAUGUUAUAUUAACUGCGUUUUCUAAAAGGAAGUCCUUCGUUAAGUCAUUUAAUGUUCUAAAAAACUCCUAUUACAUUCAUACUGUCGUAAUUGUAUUCCUAUAUCAUCUCUUCCUUCAUGUUUAUAAACCCAUUAUAUUACUUCCUUUAUUAUUGUAUUCCUAUUAUAUUAUAUUCUUCAUGAUUGUAUUCCUUCAUGAUUGCGAAAUAGUCUACCAUGAAUUCGUUUCAAAGGAUUUCGAAAUCCAGUAAACAAUACCGUGUUAUUGUUUUAUUAAAGGUGUUUUUUC